UUAAGAUAACGUUGUGUUCAUAGAGGGUGUAACAGGUGAUAUUGUGACUUAUCUCGAUGUCUGUAUGCUCAGGAAGUAAAUGUGACAAUAUUUGUAGGAUAUUUGUAACAAACAACAGUGUCUGUAGUAUAAAUCAAGGAUAUAUACAUAAAAUCUGGAAGUGUUGUACGCACAGGGAUAGAUCCUUUUAGUGUCCGGAAUUAAAAAUAACAUACAGUUGUUGUGUUGAACUUUAGGAAGUAUUCGAUUUUCGGGAACAGCGAAGAGACGAAGUUUCCCAGAGAAAUGGGGUGUUGUGAAGGCUGCGGCCAAAUUCUUCUGGUCCUAAUAAAUCUUCUAUUUUCCCUGAUCGGUAUAGCACUGUUGGUUGUAGCCUGUCUGGUACGGUUCGGUUCGGACCUGUUGGACUCCUAUCUCCAAGACGCUUACAGUGCGUUCCAGAAAGCGUUAGAAGAUGCUGCAUCAGACAACAAUAUAAACAUCAGUGACCUUGACAUUGGUGACAUUGCAGGGGACGCGUCACUAGCGUUUAUCGUGAUUGGUGCUUUCUUCUUCAUUCUGGGAAUUUUUGGAUGCAUUGGUGCUGUUUGUAAAGUUAAAUUCCUGCUGAUUGUUUAUACCAUCGUGUUAAUGACGAUAUUCAUCGCCGAGCUUGUGUUUGUUAUCCUGCUGUUUACAAUCAAAUCUACGCUGGACGGAUGGAUAAGAAGUCCACUUAUAACAAAACUACAGGACGAUUAUACAGGGAUAAACGGAAAUGAUACAUUCACGCUCACAAUGAAUUUUGUUAUGCAUGAGUUUGAAUGUUGUGGGAUAGACAAUUACAAGGAGUUUAAUAAUAGCAAAAGAUGGAAAAGAACGAUAGACCAGACAAUACCCUUUAUCUGUUGCAAAAAUUCCAGUGAUACCCAGUGUGUUUCGAAUCCUUCAGAAAAUAAUUCUUUUAUAGAUCAGGGUUGUUACGAGGCUGUCAACAACUGGUUAACAGAUCACAGCUCUGUCCUGAUAGGAGUUGGUACUAGUGUUGCUGCCAUUCAGUUGCUGCUGAUCAUAUUCUCUCUGGUGAUUUGCUGCCAGAGCCGCAAAGACGACGAUGACAAAAACAGUUACAGUGAUGAUAUUGCAAUUCAGCCAUACAGGGAACCGGAAGGAUAUGGUCAUCAAAAUGAUUACUAUAAUGGUUCCCCGCCUUCUAGUCAUUCCGAUCUGCGUUCACAACAAUACAGAUACGGACCCCGGUCACCAGGAAACCAGUAUAAUGACCGUAUUUAUCCGGAACCAUAUAAAGGAAGGCACGACUAUUACACAGGUCCUCCGGAAGGGUACGGUACUAGGGAUCCAUACAGACGAUGAAAGUGUAUGUUUAAGGGAUGUAUUAGCAUAAUUUCAUCAGUCACAUUAGAGGUACAUGUACUGCGGUAUCAUCUCAUCUGAUAGACAAAAUGAAUAAUUUGGGAUGUACAUGUAGGCGUGGAUCAGUUGUGACAUCACUCAACAGAUUUAAACGAUUAAAUACAGUCAAGUGCCAAUUAACUGACCAAAGUCAGAAAUAAUUUUAUGUCUGUCAGUUGUUCCGCUUUGUAUCUAUCGUCUGUUACACAUGUGCCAAUAAUCUCUUGUUAUAAAGUAUUAAACCACUCUGUUGGCCAUGCCAGGUAUAUGUUUGGCAGUAUCAACACAACUUUUAUCGUUCCGCAGAGGCAUGGAAGCAUGGAACGUUUUUGGAACCUUUUAGUAGCAGAAGUAAAAUUGAUAUUCCCGAAUUGUCAGAGUAACCCUAAACUGAAAGCAUAUUUCAUUUUUAACUAAAUACUUAUUCCUAUGCCAGUGGAUGGAACACUGUGUGGCGAUGCUGUCAUGGCGUAUUGACAUGCGUAUUUUUCCCAGAUAUAUCCUAACAUUAAGAUAUACUUAGAAGACAUUUCAUACAACUUAAAUUGCAUAUACAUGUAUUUGUUUCUUUUGGAAAACGUCAUUUCAUCGAGUUCGUCAACUUUCAUUUGUUUGAAUGCAUGUAGUAUAGACAAUGUAAAUAAAGAAGAAAAAUGUUUUGUUACAGGACGUGA